AUGCCGCUGCUGCUCUGUCGGCCCGCCGCCAGCCACCGGCGGUCUUCCGUCACUUCGGAUUUCAUGCCAUCUUCGAUCUACAAAGAUGGGCACCCGGCAAUUACAAUAAAAGUCCUCAAAUACGGUAACUUUCCAUUCUUUGUCCUGGAAUCCAACGGUCUACGGAGAACCACCACGCCGCAUCCUGAUCGUCCGGCAACGCAUCAUGGCAACCCAGCCCGCCCCGAAACUGCCUAUCAUCGCUCCAAGCGUCUCUUAUCUACGCUCACUCCCUUACCCCACCACCCCCCAGCCGAUCCCCACCGAGCGGCGAUGAUGGCCGCCGUCUCCUCCCCCUUUUCCCUCUCCCCGCCGGGCGCCCUCGUCUGCCCCAAGCCUGCCGCCCCCACUCUCUCCCUCCGCUCCUCCUCGUCCUACCCCUCCGUGGCUCUCCACACCCUACACUCCCGCACCCCAUGCCGCCCCAUCGUCUUCUGGAAGCCCCCCACCCACGCGGAGGCUGCCGUUGUCGUCGCCGCUGCCGCCGGCGAGACCGUCGUCGUGGAGGAGGAUGAUGCCGCCGCUGAAGCCCCGUCGCCUCCUUCCAAACCCAAGACCGGCAAGGCCGCCUUGCUCCUCAAGAGGGACAGAACGAGGUCGAAGCGGUUUUUGGAGAUCCAGAAUCUGAGGGAGAACAAGAAGGACUAUGAUGUGCCGAUGGCGGUGGCGCUUCUCAAGCAGAUGUCCAACAUUAAGUUUGUCGAGUCCGCCGAGGCCCAUUUCCGCCUCAAUAUUGACCCCAAGUACAAUGACCAGCAGCUGAGGGCCAUGGUGAAUUUACCCAAGGGGACAGGACAGACUGUUAAAGUGGCCGUUCUUACACAAGGAGAGAAGAUUGAUGAAGCAAAAAGUAUAGGAGCUGAUGUAGUUGGUGGAGAAGAUCUAAUAGAACAAAUAAAGGAAGGAUUCAUGGAGUUUGAUAAGUUAAUUGCUUCACCAGAUAUGAUGCCUAAGGUUGCCAGUUUGGGGAAGAUUUUAGGACCACGAGGACUCAUGCCAAAUCCCAAAGCGGGUACAGUUACUGCAGAUAUACCUCAGGCUAUUCAAGAGUUCAAGAAGGGCAAAGUUGAAUACCGAGCAGAUAAGACAGGGAUUGUUCACUUGCCUUUUGGAAAGGCUAACUUUCCUGAUGAAGAUCUUAUCAUAAAUCUGAUGGCUGCAGUUAGGUCGGUAGAAGCAAACAAACCUUCUGGUGCGAAAGGAGUAUACUGGAAAAGUGCACAUAUUUGCUCAUCGAUGGGGCCUUCCAUCCGGCUGAAUAUUAGAGAGAUGCUUGACUACAAGCCCUCUGCAACAGUCUAAAUGCUCUAGAAACACCUGUAAAGUUAAUCUUCUCCAAGAGUUGUUUACCAUCAUUGUUACUGGUUACAAAAUUGUCAUUGCUGAUUGCUCACACAAAAAUGAGAUGGGAAAAGCAAAAUGAGAGGGAGGUAUUUUGGUCCAGAUUUUUGGUGUUACAGACCAGCAACAUCUUGGGUGCUGACUGUUAGCCUUGGGAUUAAGUGGUCUUAUUGGUUGUCUGUAUUGUCCUUUCAGAUAAUUGCAGCAAUGCAUAUAUAAUUCGGUUGAAUUUUUUGCACCCCGUUGGAGCUAUUUAUAACCCUGUUGCAUGGACCAAAAAUAGGCUGUUGUCUUGCAUUCUGGGAUCUUCAUUGUAAUUUCUGUUUUUCCAAUUCUUGUACAUAAGGUAUUAAAAAUUCACUGAAUGGCAUGGAAGCACUUCAGUUAGCGGGUUUUCGGACUUGAACAUCUUGCUGUAAUUGCCACUUUCAAUGAGUACGAAUCUGUUGUGGAAGUAUCUACAUAGAGAGAACAGAGUCUUGAGGUGUAAUAUUCCUGGCCUUCGGAAAUGGAAGUUAUCCACACAAGGGCUGCCACAUAGGUAGGUGGCGAUUCAACUGAACUGUGGGAUCACUUUGAUGCUGAGAAGUCUUGCUUGAUUGGGCAUGGACAUAUCAUCCGUGCUGAAUUUUCUGCAUUAGGAGCUGGUGACGAGAGAACUGAUUUUAUCGCACGUUCGCGCG